GGGAAGCGUCUCCAUCCCGUGUGGAGCUGGGUCUCCGGUGAGCUGUGCUGCCGGGAGGCCGAGACCGGGGGAGAGAGUAGGAGCGGCGGCCUGCGGUUCUCUUCCGCCCUCCUCGACUCCCGCUUUGCACUUGGUGGCCGAAUAGGAUCCGUCCAGCGGAAGGAAGGCGAAGCCUGUGUUACUGUCACAGCCACGACGCACAGAGCGUUUAGCACUUGAUCUGUUCGGGGAAGAUGUGUCAUUGCAGCCAGAGCGCGGAAUAUUUGUGGGGCUGAAGCGGCCGAAGGUGAUAACACAGUCUUUUGACAUGUUGAGGUCGUGCAGGGACUUUUACCUGUAUGAAGUUUGGACUGUGUGCUCCCUGCCUCCUGAUAUGGGGUCAUGAAUCAGGGCCAAGUGGGAGCGCAGAAAAAGCAGAGACCCCCAGCUACCCGGGAGCAGAAGGAACCCGGAUUUUGUAGGGCACUGUCUCCUGGAGCCGUGUCUGUCCCAAGAGCUACAGCCCUUCUCUGAGGGGGAGACCAGGUGACGACAGCCAUGCUUCUGACAGCUUGGCUCCAGAAGUCGGUGACCUUUGAGGAUGUGGCUGUGUACUUCACCCAGACGGAAUGGGAUGGUCUGUCCCCGGCACAGAAGGCCCUGUACAGGGAUGUGAUGCUGGAGAAUUAUGGGAAUGUGGCCUCCCUGGGAUUUCCACUUCUCAAACCUGCUGUGAUCUCACAACUGGAGGGAGGAGGUGAGCUAGGGGUCCUCUCUCCGCUGGCCGCUGGAACAGGAACAGGCCCCCAGGACCUCUGGACUGUAGAUAUUGAUAUCCAGACUGACAAUAAUUUGGCAAAAGAAAUCUGUGAAGAAAAAGAUAAUAUGUCAUUUGAACUUCAGAGGGACUUUUCCCAGGAAACAGACUUUUCAGAAGCCUAUAUUCUAGAGAAACAACAGGAAGUCUACUCAGUAGCAAGUAUGAAGAAGGAAAACAGCAGUGUCAUUGAUGGAACAGUAAAAAAUGAGAUAAGCCCCAUGGCGGAGUGUUUCUUUAGUCAUAGUCCAAACUUGUAUCAGUGUCAUACCAUCUCCACUGGUGAGCAGCCCCCUGGGUGUACAGGAUUGGGGAAAUCCUUAAGUUUUGACACAAAACUUGUUAAGCAUGAAAUAAUUAAUACUGUGGAAAAACCUUUCAAAUGUGAAGAAUUAAUGAAAACCUUUAGAUGUGACUCUAAACUUAAUCAGCAUGAAGAAAGCUACACUGGAGAGAAGGCUUAUCAAUGUAUUGAGUGUGGCAAAGCCUUCAGUGUUAGUGCAAAAUUAAUUUGGCAUCAAAGACUUCAUAGUGGAGAGAAACCCUUCAAAUGUGUGGAGUGUGGGAAAAGCUUUAGCUACAGUUCCCAUUUUAUCACACAUCAGACAAUCCACAGUGGGGAGAAGCCCUAUCAGUGUAAGGUGUGUGGGAAAGCCUUCAGUAUUAAUGGGAGUCUGAGUAGGCAUCAGAGAGUCCAUACAGGAGAGAAGCCCUAUCAGUGCAAGGAGUGUGGAAAUGGCUUCAGCUGUAGUUCUGCAUAUAUCACACAUCAGAGAAUCCAUACUGGGGAGAAACCUUACGAGUGUAAUGACUGUGGGAAAGCUUUUAAUGUUAAUGCAAAAUUAAUUCAACAUCAGAGAAUCCACACUGGAGAGAAACCUUAUGAAUGCAAUGAAUGUGGGAAAGGCUUCAGGUGCAGCUCCCAGCUUAGGCAGCAUCAGAUCAUCCACACUGGAGAGAAACCCUAUCAGUGUAAAGAAUGUGGAAAAGCCUUCAAUAAUAAUGCAAAACUCAUUCAGCAUUGCAGAAUCCACACAGGGGAGAAACCCUUUGAGUGCACUGAAUGUGGAAAAGCCUUUAGUGUCAAAGGGAAAUUAAUGCAGCACCAGAGAAUCCACACAGGUGAGAAACCAUAUGAGUGUAAUGAAUGUGGGAAAGCCUUCCGGUGUAACUCCCAGCUUCGGCAGCAUCUGAGAAUCCACACUGGGGAGAAGCCCUAUGAGUGUAAUGAGUGUGGAAAGGCCUUCAGUGUUAAUGCAAAACUAAUGCAGCAUCAGAGAAUUCACACUGGAGAGAAACCCUUUGAAUGUAAUGAGUGUGGGAAAUGCUUUACUUCUAAAAGAAACCUACUUGAUCAUCACCGAAUCCAUACUGGAGAAAAGCCUUAUCAAUGUAAGGAAUGUGGGAAAGCCUUCAGUAUCAAUGCCAAAUUAACUAGGCAUCAGAGAAUACAUACUGGGGAGAAACCUUUCAAAUGUAUGGAAUGUGAGAAAGCAUUCAGCUGUAGUUCUGACUAUAUUGUGCACCAGAGAAUCCAUACUGGAGAGAAACCCUUUCAAUGUAAAGAGUGUGGAAAAGCCUUCCAUGUUAAUGCCCAUUUAAUUCGGCAUCAGAGAAGCCACAGUGGGGAAAAACCCUUCAGAUGUGUGGAGUGUGGCAAGGGCUUCAGCUAUAGUUCUGACUGUAUUAUACAUCAGACAGUCCAUACUUGGAAGAAAUCCUGUGUGUGUAAUGUGUGUGGGAAAGCCUUCAGGUUUAGCUUUCAACUUAGUCAGCAUCAGAGUGUCCAUAGUGAAGGAAAAUCCUAAUGAGAAGAAUGUAGAAAACUCAAGACUAAUGCUUAAAUGGAUCAAGUAUCAUCAGAUUCAUCCUGCUGGAGAACACUAAGAGGGAAAUGAAUAUGGCAGAGUGUUCACAUGGAAACAGGUCUUUUCUGUUUCAUUUAAUUUUUAAUCAGGAGUGGAUGACCAGUUAAGAAAGAACAUCCCAAAAUAAACAGCUUUGUUUUGUACUAAUGACCAAUUGGAAAAUAUAAUGAAAUAUCACAUUCCCAGCAGCAUCAAGAAAAGUAGAUUUUCUAGAAAUAAACAGUUAUUAUGCAGGACUUAUAUGGGAAAAACCAGAAGUCUCCUAAGGGCCACCAAAGGAAACUUGAAUAAAUGGAGAGAGAGAAACCUUGUUCUUGGAUAGGAAAACCUGUAGUAUAAGGAUAUUCACUCUGCCUACAUUAAUUUAUUUGUUUAAAUUUUGACAAUAAGCAUGCAUUACUUUUGUAAAGAGGAAAAACAAUAAAGACUUCUUUUAAAAAGGGAAAAAA